GCAGCCUGCAAAUACUCUCUUUGCUGUCACCUCUCCUAUUCACCUGGACAAGCUAAACAUUUGCAGGAGCAUCAUGUCUUGCUCAUCUCGGAUCUCCUCCUCCCGGGCUGGCAGCAGCAGCUGGGUCAGGGCAUCUGCUGGCGGCAGCAGCUUCAGCAGUGGAAGCAGAUGCCAUCUGGGGGGCAGCUCUGCCCUGGGCUUCCGAGGAGGAGCUGGCAGCUGUGGCCUAAGUGGGGGUGGCUUUGGAGGCAGUUUCGGAGGGGGUUUUGGUAGCUGCUCAGUAGCGGGCAGUUUGGGAGCUUUGGGGUCCGGGGCUGGCUUUGGCGGGGGUUCUGGAUUCUGCGGGGGGUCUGGAUUCGGUGGAGGUGCUAGUGGAGGCUUCUACAGCUCCAGUGGUGGUGUUGGCAAUGGGGGGCUUUUGUCUGGAGGUGAAAAACAAACCAUGCAGAACCUCAAUGACCGCCUGGCCGAUUACCUAGACAAGGUCAAAGCCCUAGAGGAGACCAAUGCUGAUCUGGAGCACAAAAUCAAGGAGUGGUAUGACCGAUAUGGGACUGGGUUAGGAGAAGGUGGACCCGGCAGAGAUUACAGCAAAUACUAUCCAAUAAUUGAAGGUCUCAGGAAUCAGAUCAUUACUGCCACUGUCGAAAAUGCUGGGAUUGUGUUGCAGAUUGACAAUGCCAGAUUGGCUGCUGAUGACUUCAGACUGAAGUAUGAGAAUGAGCUGCACCUGCAGCAGACCGUGGAGGCCGACACCAACGGCCUGAGGAAAGUCCUGGAUGAGCUGACCGUGACUCGCUCGGACCUGGAGAUGCAGCUUGAGAGCCUCACCCAGGAGCUGGCCUUCCUGAAGAAGAACCACGAGGAGGAAAUGAAGAGUAUGCAAGGAAGCUCUGGAGGGGGUGUGAUGGUAGAAAUGAAUGCUGCCCCCGGAACCGACCUAACCAAGUUACUGAAUGACAUGAGAGCACAGUAUGAGUUGCUGGCUGAGCAAAACCGCAGGGAGGCUGAGGAGCAAUUCAACAAGCAGAGUGCAUCACUACAAGCACAAAUCUCUACUGAUGCUGGGGCAGCCAGUUCCGCCAAGAAUGAGAUAACAGAACUGAAACGUACUCUGCAGGCCCUGGAAAUUGAGCUUCAGUCCCAACUGGUCAUGAAAAGCUCCCUGGAAGGGACCCUGGCUGACACGGAAGCUGGCUACAUGGCUCAGUUGUCAGAAAUUCAGAUGCAGAUUAGCAACCUGGAGGAGCAGAUCUGCCAGAUCCGGGGAGAGACCGAAUGCCAGAACGCAGAAUAUGAGCAACUGCUGGACAUUAAGACCCGCCUGGAGAUGGAGAUCGAGACCUAUCGCCGCCUGCUCGAUGGAGAGGGAGGUGGUUCUGGUUUUGGAGGAUCAGAUUUUAGAAACUCGGGAUCCAGAAACAUGGGAUCCAGGGAUUCGAUCUCUGGUGACUCAAGAUCUGAGAGCUGCUCUGACCAAGGAAGAGAUCCAAGCAAGACUAGAGUGACUAAGACCAUCGUAGAGGAAGUGGUGGACGGCAAAGUUGUCUCAUCUCACGUCAGCAGUGUUUCUGAGGUGAAAAUCAAAUGAGCGAUUUCCAGAUCAACAAGAGUGGCUUUCAGAGAAAACAAUCUAAAGGACACAAAUGAAGACAUCGCAACCACCUAGCUCUCUUUCUGCAUAAUUUCAGAAAAAAGUUUCCAUCCAGAAAUAGAUGACUAACCAA